UUUAUAUGACUUCGACAGAGGUCACCAUGAGUGUAAAUAAAAUUGGUUUUGUCGGCGCUGGAAAGCUUGCUCGUGUAUUGACUGUGGGAUUUAUCCGAGCAGGAAUAUUAUCGGCCAAAGAUAUUAUAGCUAGUGCACCAACGGAGCGUGAUGUUGAAGCAUUUCGAGACAUUGGCUGUCCUGUGACAACAGACAAUAAAACCGUUCUUAAAGAGAACCCUGUCAUUAUUCUCGCUGUUAAACCACAAACUCUACAUUCAGUUGUACGAGAAAUAGCUCCAUUGGUGACUCGAGAUCACUUGAUAAUUUCCCCAGCGGCAGGAAUAACGUUACGUUCAAUUCAAAAUGAACUACCAGGUCGAUCUCGUGUCGCAAGAAUGAUGACCAAUCUUGCAGUAGAAUAUCGUGAAGGAGCUACAGCAUUUUGUCAAGGAAGAUUUAUGGAAGAAGAAGAUUACGAAACAAUGAUGUAUUUAUUUUCAUCAGUGGGAUAUUGUUUUGAAACUCCAGAAGGUCUGAUGGAUGUUAUGACGGGGUUGGUUGGUGGUGGUCCGGCAUAUAUGUACGUGGCUAUCGAAGCACUUGCUGAUGGUGCUGUCGAGGCUGGAGUAAACAGACAAGAUGCUAUCCAACUUGCUGCUAGAGCUGUCUCUGGGGCUGCUAAGAUGGUGUUAGGAACAAAACAACAUCCCGGUGAACUAAAGGACAAUGUCUGUUCAGCCGGUGGAUCAACAAUUGCAGGUAUAUUUGCAUUAGAAAGAGCUGGGUUUCGAGGAGCACUCAUGGAGGCAGUCAAAGCUUCCUCUGAACGGGCUAAACAAGUUGGGGUUGAAGCUAUUAAAAAGGGAACAUAUGGCGGAAAGUAGGCCAAAAUACAAUUCAAUAUAUAUAAUGUACAAUCAUAUUUUAAUCUGUGUAGUAAUAUGAGAUAUAAAUAUUCCAAAAUUUUUAAAUAAUGUUCAAUUGUUUAUUGUUUUUAUGAAUGGGUAACGUUGUUUACAUAUAUUUGAAAUUGCCUCUCAAAUGAGCAUCGCAUGUGUCCAGUAUGAGCAUCACAUGCUGACAGGAAAUGUGAUUUUAAGCAAAGUUUAUCCAUUCUACAAUGGCUGCAGUGUUAGAAGUGGGACAUAGGUGUACAGGAUAGGGGUGCUCUGCCAGCUCUGGUGCCGAGUUGUGUUGGUCAUGUGUACCACCCGCCCAUCAACUGCUGUAUUUGAAUUAUAUAAUUGUUGUUCACAGCUCGCUUAUCACCAUUCGCUUAUUGCUCAAAUUACUGUAUCUCAUUUUGUCUCUAAGAUUGUUUUGCUUUAGCAUGAAAAAUAGCACUUCCCCCCCCGGUAAAUCCAUCAUUCCAUCCCUGCUUAUACAUGAAGGGUCAUAUGUGCAUGAGACGUAUAUACUGAUGACGUUUGUGUUAAUACUGUAACCGUCGCUUGCAACUAAGGAUGAACAGUCACCGAUAAAACAUUGUCUAUUCCACCCUUCAAUUAGGAUGUCGCAGGUCAAUUAAUAAUAACCAAUCAGCGCAGACCGGAAAAUACACUUCAAUAUUGUAAACAUAAACCGUUUAUAUUCUUUCGUUAGUUUCGUAUAUACAGAUGGCCACUGGGGCAUACAGGUACUAAAAAAGUUAAAACGGCUCGAAGUUUUAAAUUUACAGUGUAAGAUAUCAAGUUGUACUUUUUAUUACAGUCUGCAUGUGUUUCUGUAGGCACAGUAAGUUUAAAGUUGUAUAUUACCCGCUAACUAAUUCAGUUGUUUGGAA